AUGCCUGAAAUCGCCGAAGUAGCACGGACAGUUCACUUCAUCCGCAAACUACUCGUCGGUAAGACGAUCGUCAAGGUUGUCGCUAACGAUGACGCCAAUGUCUACGGCAAAGUGGGAACCUCAUCCACCGAGUUCAAGAAACAUAUGACUGGCAAGAAGGUGGUCGACGCCGGCCAGCAGGGCAAAUAUUUUUGGAUCAUCAUGUCAAGUACACCUCACCCGGUCAUGCAUUUCGGGAUGAGCGGAUGGCUCAAGUUUAGAUCGGAGCAUACGUACUACUACCAGCCGAAGAAGGGUGAGAAGGAAGAGGAGUGGCCGCCCAAGUUCAUGAAAUUCCUUCUCGAGGCUGAACCCAAAGAUGGCGAAGAAUCGAUUGAGGCAGCAUUCGUCGACAUGAGACGCUUUGCUAGAAUACGACUGGUCGAUUGCCCUGCCGCUGAAAUCCGAAACAACACACCUUUGAAAGAAAAUGGACCGGAUCCUGUGAUCGAUAAAGAUGUUGUGACGGUUGAGUGGCUGAAAGAAAAAUGCGGCGCUAAGAAAGUGCCUAUCAAGGCUAUGCUACUCGAUCAGGCCAACAUCAGUGGCAUUGGCAACUGGGUCGGUGAUGAGGUCAUGUACAAUGCAAAGAUACAUCCCGAGCAAUAUGCCAACACCCUUUCCGAUGAUCAGAUCAAACAGCUGCACACAUCCAUUCACUAUGUUUGCAGCACCGCAGUCGACCUUCUCGCAGACUCGGACAAGUUUCCAGAAGACUGGUUGUUCAAGUACAGAUGGGGCAAGGGAAAGAAAGGAAGCCCGAAUACCAUGCCAAGCGGAGAAAAGAUCGCAUUUCUGACUGUUGGAGGUCGCACCAGUGCCGUUGUACCUUCAGUGCAGAAGAAGACUGGCCCUGUUGCGAAAGAUAUAAGCGAUGGAGAAGGCACCAGAGACGAAAAGGUCAAGAAACUAAAUGGCAAGAAGAGGAAGGUCGAGACCGAGGAUGAAGAUGAAGAAGAGGUCAAGCCCAAGAAGACCACUGCUCGAACAAAGAAAGCUGCGGUCAAGGAGGAGGAAGAGGAAGUCAAGUCAAAGAAAACUACCGCUCGAAGCAAGAAAGGCGCUUUAAAGGGGGAGGUUGAGGAAGAGGAAGAUGUCAAGCCAAAGGUCAAUGGAGGUUCAAAGCGAGCGAAGACCACAGGCAGCGCUAAAAAGGAUGCGAAAGGUGCAAAAGAUGAAGUCACCAAGAAGAAGUCAGCAACCACAAAAGCUGCAGUCAAACCGGAGGAAGAUACUGGCAGAAGACGGUCUGGUCGAUUGACUAAGAAUUGA